AGCUCCAAUUUUGGUCUGAUGCUAUGGCGUCCUUGGCUAUGAACACCGUUCUCCAGAAUGCCUCGGUGAUGCAAAAUAGGCUUCGUCAGAAAGCGAGUAUUGUUCCCGUCGGCUUUGGUUCAGCGGCUAGUGCCAACACGUGUAGAGCCACCGCGGAAGCUUCUCCAUCAGCUCGAGCGGAUAACGCGCAGACCUGCUUGCGUUGCGGAAACCUUUACACUCCGGAUGACAAUUCCCCUGUAGCUUGCAAAUACCAUGGCCAUAUGACAGGAGACAAGGGCCUGUUUGCAUAUGCACCGCCUCAUCAAGGUGUCGACGGCGACUGGUCAGAAAAGAGCGGAAUCAUAGUCUACGUCUGGAACGAUAAGGAGGAGCGGCCGAACACAGGACACAAGAACUGGAAGCGGCGGUGGACAUGCUGUGGAGUGUACGAUGAAAAUGGUGCUCCCUGCAGAUCAGGCUGGCAUGUUUCCUAUGACGAUGGAGCGACUAGGUUCUGAAGCUCCAUUCCAAAUGGUAACCUCCGUUGGUCAGGGAAGUGCUUUUUCAGGUUUCCUUUCACAGCUGUUUUGAGUACCCAUCUUCUCUUCAUGCCUGCUAAUGAUGUUUUCCAGUGAUUUGCAGGUAAAACCGCCUCACUACAGUACCAUUUCUGGUACUGCCUCAGUUCCAAAGGCUUGCAUGCCAUGCCAGAACCUAGACCGCUUUGCCAUCCAGUGAAUGUUUGGUGCUGACUGACUAGUCAGACACCGGACUGAAAGCAAUAUGGAUGAGGACAUACGAUCCGAGGCAAGGGAUGUACGGUACCUUCCCAGCCUAGCAGAUCGGGCUGGCAUGUUUCCUAUGAUGGUGGGGCAACAGAUUUUCUGGAACUGCCUGAACAGUAACCUUUACUCACCAGUCAACUACUCUCCAGAAUGCUUUGUUCUCAGGUUUCCUGUGUCUCUACAUUCUUUGUACUAAUGUGCACCAGCGCAUUGCAGGCUAAUCUCAGCA